CGUGCGUGAACUUUGGAGCAGCCACGUGUACAGGAAAUAGAACCAAUCUGACAGUUGUGGUUGGUCGGUUUGUUUUGCUCGUACGACGACGCAUUCUUGUCAUUGUUAGCUAGGUAGGUAGGCAGUCUCUUCCAUUUGCUGGCAUUUAUUUCCGAGCUACGUUCCAAAUUUGUGGCGUUGGAGCUCAAAAUCAGGUGUGUUAAUCAGCCCUUGAGCAAGCAAGGCCAUUGCACUUGGAAGAAGCCAUGGCUAUGUACUGCAGGACGGCUUGGUGCAGGCACCUUAUGGCUGUGUCCAUGGCCCUGUUCUGCCUGCUCCACAACACCAUGGACGUCCAUGCCCGGCCAGCUAACAUGUCAGCCCUGAAGGACAAAAACAACCCCACAAGUAAAGAGGAGAAUGAGAUCCUUCCCCCUGACCAUCUAAAUGGGGUGAAGCUGGAGAUGGAUGGUCACAUCAAUAAGGGCUUCCAUCAGGAGGUGUUCCUGGGUAAGGAGAUGGAAGAGUUUGAGGAGGACUCUGAGCCCAGGAGGAACAGGAAGAAACUCAUUGAGAUCUUCAGCAAGGUGGACUUUAAUAAAGACAAGAGCGUCAGUGCCAAAGAGAUGCAGCGCUGGAUCAUGGAGAAGACAGAAGAACACUUCCAGGAGGCUGUGAGGGAGAACAAGAUGAGCUUCCAUGCUGUGGACCCAGAUGGAGAUGGACAUGUGACGUGGGAUGAAUACCGGGUGAAGUUUCUGGCCAGCAAAGGAUUCAAUGAGAAGGAAAUGGCUGACAAGAUAAAGAACAGUGAAGAACUGAAGGUGGACGAGGAGACCCAGGAGGUGCUGGAGAGUCUGAAGGACCGUUGGUUUCAGGCUGAUAACCCCCCAGCCGACCAGCUGCUGAAUGAGGAAGAGUUUCUCUCCUUCCUGCAUCCCGAGCACAGCAAAGGCAUGCUCAAAUACAUGGUCAAGGAGAUCGUUCGUGACCUUGACCAGGACGGCGACAAGAAGCUGACUCUGUCUGAGUUCAUCUCCCUGCCCAUGGGCACUGUGGAGAACCAGCAGGCCCAGGACAUCGACGAUGACUGGGUACGAGAGAGGAAGAAGGAGUUUGAGGAGGUCAUCGACAGAAACCACGAUGGCAUCGUGACCAUGGAGGAACUAGAGGAGUACAUGGACCCUAUGAACGAGUACAACGCGCUGAACGAGGCUAAGCAGAUGAUCGCUGUGGCCGACGAGAACCAGAACCACAACUUGGAGCUGGAGGAGAUUCUCAAGUACAGCGAAUACUUCACUGGCAGCAAGCUCAUGGACUAUGCCCGGAAUGUUCACGAGGAGUUCUGAAGACAAGCUGACAAAAUACUCCCUUUCCCUUCUAAUGUGGGCAUCCUCAUAAGUCUUCUCUAAGGACAGGUCUGUCUUAUUGAUGAAAAGAAAAGCCUGAUGUUCUAGUGUGCAAUUCUGUGUUUAAAUCCUAGCCCCAGCCGAGUGACCUGGCCUCCCCCAGUGACUCUUAAAGUAAGGCAUAAAACAUCCUUCAUUUCUGGACUGUCUGCCUCUUCUAAACAUCAGAAUGAACCAUUGCCAAAGUCUGCCUUCUGUCUACAGUGGGACUUAAGUUGUAUUAUCUCAUGUAUGAUAAUGCAUUUUGGGUUUUCAGUGCAUUCUAGACACAGCGUCAACUUCAUGAUUCAUUUGUGUUUGAUGUAUUGUGAAAUUUAUGUCUGAGUAAUUGGAACAAGAUUCAUUCCCCCCCCUCCAGUGAAGUAGUUGAGGUGUAAGGACAACUUACACAAUUGGGCCUACAAUAUUUGUAGUAGUGCAGAACUGUUCUGUUUUUACUGCAAAAUGAUUUAAAUUGCAUAACUGUAAAGAAUGUAAAUAUCUUCGUUCUUUGGAUUUCCCAUCACAUUCGACAUUUCAUAAUGUUGCUCGGAUGUAACUGUUGUUUACCAAGUCAUCAAUCAUAUUGACCACUGAGCUGAACCCCAGUAACCACUGUACUCUCCACACUCAAUGACUACGUGCUUGCUGCCCUUGUAAACAAUUGUUUGACAUUUGUCGGUUUGGUAAGAAGUUCACACUGCUAUGUCCUGAUAGGUGUUGAUGAUUCUAUGAUCCAUCUUAUUCUUUGAAAUGAGUGCUUAUGUCAGAAUUAUGGUGUUUUAAACCUCUACUGCAAAAAUGUCUCAUUGUUUCCAUACAUUUGUUUGCCUUUGUCUAUAAUUCCAACUGGGGUUUUGCAUUUCCAAAAAUAUGUAAGCUCUGUUAGAUAUCUGAUACAAUCAUUACAAAUGAAUUAGCAUGGGUCUGAUUGUUUUUGAUACACAUGUCAUAACU